UCCGCGGCUCCUUCUUCAGGUCCCGAGAAACUCGCCCGCGGCCCCCCGAAGAUGAAAGUGUUUAACGAUCUUUCGAUAAUACAUUAAAUUACACGGCCGCCGCUGGAACUUGAUAUUUGUUUUCUCGCCAGUGUCGUUUGGACUCACACUCGUCAAGUUUUUUGUUUCUCUCACUAACUUGAGAAGUGCUGAGAAGAAAAAAAAGAAUGUAUAAAAAGAAGCAACGUAGGGAUAUGGAGACAAAGGAGGAAGAGAUAGACUUCAGGAAAAUUAUGAAAGACAUACAGUUUCUGGGUUCCUCGCACAUGACAUGGAAAGAGAGGAAAGAACUCGAGAACAGAAGGGUUGUAUCUUUAGGUGGAAAGCCUCCUAAGAAGCAGAGACUGCCAUUAAGUGUAGCUCGAGUACCCAUGAAGAGACAAAAGGAAAGAGAACUGAAGUUGCAAGAAGAGAGAGCAAUUCUUGGACGAUUUGGAGGGAAGUUUUCUGGCCCCAAAAAACCAAUGGAGAAGCGCAGGCCUGAGGAUAGGGUGCUUAAGUCAACUGAAGGUCGUUUUAGAAAUGGUGUACUCAAUGUGAAGCAUUUGUUACACAGAACCCCUUCAAGAAACAGUGAUCCUGGCACACCUAUGGGUGGCAAAGGGAAAAAAAUGAGUAAGAAGCGCCAUGGUAAGAAGAAAGGCGGUAAGAAGAAGCACCAUUGAGAGCACAUCAAAUGUGCUGGGGAUUCAAAUACAGAAAACAUGGCUUAUUGGAGACAAAGUAAGAUAGUUUCACUGGAGUAAAAGAUUUUGAUAGUUUCAAUUUUGUUGUGUUAGUCAUUUCGAUCUAUAUUUGAUUGUGUUUACUUUGAUGUUUGAUUAAGCUUUCAUACAAUAUGAAGUACCUCUAACGAUGAAUCAGAAUAUGAUCAUCUACUGAAAUACUUGAACACACACUGAAUUCUUCAUUAACAAAUUACAGCCACUGGAAUCAUGGCUUUGUUUA